GUUUUGAGACUCCUGCAUUUUCGAAGAAUGUCUUACCACGACUGAGCCUGCAUACAUCCGAGUUACAAGAGUGACAGUAUUUCGACCUGAAUAGGAAGUAAUAGUCUGACCUGUGAUUUGCCCUGGUUCACGUCUGGGUUCUUCCUUUCUCCAAAUUUUCUCUCCUCCCAUCUUUCUUUUUGGUCUGUGAGGAACUCGAAUUCAAACCAGAUCGAACGCCGGCUUCUAUUUCCUCUCCUCCUGUUGAGGAAACUCUAUUUCCUUUUUUCACCUCGAACAUGGCUACACAGGUGGUUGUUGCCUCGGGCGAGCAGGCCGAACUACCACAGAUGUGGUCCUCUAACGCCACCCACUGGCAAGAUGCCAUGGCUUGGCCGAUGCUUAUCACAAACUGGUCGGCUUGGCAGUAUUUGGUGACUUUUGUAUUGGGAUUGGUGGUCUACGAUCAAGUCAUGUACAUCAAGCGAAAAGGAUCCAUCGCUGGUCCAACGUUCAAGAUACCUCUCGUGGGCCCGUUCUUCCAGGCGAUUGAUCCCAAGUUCGAAGGAUAUCUCGCACAAUGGGCCAGUGGGCCUCUCAGCUGUGUUUCCGUGUUCCACAAGUUCGUCGUUCUCGUCUCCGAGCGUGACCUAGCCCACAAGGUCUUCAAGUCGCCUUCCUACGCCGAGCCAUGCCUUGUACCGGUUGCGAAAGACCUUCUCGGCCAUAAAGCAUGGGUCUUCCUCCAAGGCAAGGAUCACGCGGAAUAUCGCAGAGGAUUGGCGCCGCUUUUCACGAACAGGGCCAUGGCCUCUUAUCUGACGGUUCAGGAGAAGGUCUUGGCUGACUAUUUUGACGAUUUCGUGAAUAUUGGCGAAGACAAUGGGGGGCGACCAGUACCAUUCAUGACCAAAUUCCGCGAGAUCAAUUGCGCAACGUCCUGUCGAACCUUUUUUGGCGACUACAUAUCUCAGGCUGCGGUCAAGAAGAUCGCCGACAACUUCUACCUCGCCACCGCCGCCAUGGACCUCGUCCAUAUUCCUUUGACGAUGUACAUCCCAGGCAGCAAGCAGUGGCGUGGGAAGCGAGUUUGUGAUGCCACCCAUGCUGAGUUUGCGAAGUGUGCAGCCGCCUGUAGAGCAAAUAUGGCGACCGGCGCGAGACCCACAUGCACCGUGGAUUACUGGAUGCUCCAAAUGAUGGAGUCAAAACGAUAUCGAGAAAGAGUCGCCGCAGGAGAAGUGGAUCUGGAGAAACCAUCGAAUAUGAUCCGCGAGUUCACCGACAGCGAAAUCUCAGAGACCUUGUUCACCUUCCUUUUCGCAUCUCAGGAUGCAGGCAGCAGUGCCACGACUUGGCUCUUUCAGAUUCUCGCUCAACGCCCCGAUAUCCUGGGCCGCUUGCGUCAGGAGAAUUUAGACGCUCGGGGCGGCGAUUGGAGCAAGCCGUUUGAUCUCCCCAUGUUGGAGGGGCUCACGUAUACCAAUGCUGUCAUUAAGGAACUCCUCCGCUACAGACCGCCAGUCAUCUUUGUCCCAUACCUCGCGACCAAGGACUUUCCAGUAACUCCAGACUACACUGUACCCAAAGGCUCCAUGAUUAUCCCGUCCUGCUACCCUGCUCUCCACGACCCGGUAGAUUAUCCGAACCCCAGUGUCUUUGACCCCGAUCGAUGGAUCACCGGGGAUGCCGAGUCCAAGACCAAGAACUGGCUCGUCUUCGGGGCUGGACCGCAUGACUGUCUUGCGAGGAGAUACGUCCCGCUUACAAUGGCUGCCAUGAUUGGCAAGGCGUCGUUGGAACUUGACUGGAAGCAUCAUGCUACCGAGAGGUCGGAGGAAAUCAAAGUUUUCGCAACUCUUUUUCCCAUGGAUGAAUGUCCAUUGGUUUUCACCAAGCGUUCGUAAAGGCGUCCCUUUCGAACUCUACAUAUGUACUCCUAGCAGGAUUUGAGGGCGUGGUGGUCGUAAUGUUUUGUGUUGUACAAUGGUGGACGAGGGGCUAGAAGAAAGAUAAUAGAUAAUGUACAGGUAUAAGUGUGGCGGGUCUAGAACAUCGAUCCUACAUGCUCUUAAUCAACGGCUCCGUCGGGAGCGAUGCUUCCCAGCCUUGUCUGUGCGGCACGAGGCUGAGGAAGAGUCUUCCUACUUGAUUGGGAUUGCAUUUUUCCAACGCCUGGGUCUUUAAGCGUUUAUCACUGUGUGAAGAGACCCAUACACCUUCGGGAUGUGUACAAGUCAAGACCGAAACUAUCAAGAACAAGCAAACGCUCAUCAUUAUAUGAAGGCGCUACAAUAAUUUGUCUAGAUGGGGAUCAGAAACGAAAUCACUUAGAGUUCAACUCUUUUAUCCGUACAUCUUGCUAGCAUUGUCUGUGCGGCUGUCACGAGGCUUUGGCCAAGUGCCACAGACCAGUUGCGUUUUCUUCUUUGAGGGUUCAUUAUCGUUUGAGGGCACUGCACACUCCUCCAGAUGUAUGGGAGUCAAGAACAAAACCACUGAGGGUUUCCG